AUGUCCAAGAGAAACACCCCGCCGCUCAGAUCAUCAGGGAUAAACACUAUCCAAAUAAAUGCUGCCAGAGAGAUGCACGCUCAAACGGUACGCGCUCGAAGAAUGCCCAUCCCAACAAGCGGCAUCACCGCACCUUCGGUGCAACCAACUGCAGCUCCAUCAAUGCCGCCUCGACAUAUUUGUAACAAUCCAAACAAUCCGCCAUGCCUUCACUGUGGGUCCGUUAUCAUUCCAUCUCCAAGGGCCACGUUACCCUUGGAGGACAACCCCUCCAUCUCCAUCAAUGAUUGGACCAUCUCCUCCAGAAAGAAGCCCAUUUUGAACUCGCAGGAACUGGACCUCUGGGAAAACGAAAAACUCAAAGGUUUGACUUUGCCAGAGAUGAUUUUUGGCAACAAUUACAUCAGGAUCGAAAAUGCAAAACAGGAUUGGUCCAUAGAGUUCAAUGCCCUGGAUGCUCUAAAGGAGGUUCAACUCCAGGAUUCAGGUAUCCGUGUUGCGUACUCAAACGACUGGAUAAAUUCCAAAAGAAGACAGAAUUCAAGUAAUGCCGCUCAACGGUUCACUAACGAUGUGAACGACGAUUCCUUAAAUAUCAUACACAAGUACGACUGGACUUACACUACACGGUAUAAAGGUACAGAGAACUCACCCGAAUCGAAGUUCCAACUCGACAAUGAUCAAACGCUGCCCCUUGACAAACUGGCCGUACAUGACAAGAUCCUAUUCUACGAUGACAUGAUUCUUUUCGAAGACGAGUUGGCAGACAAUGGUAUAUCUAUACUCAACGUCAAAAUAAGAGUCAUGAACGAAAGGCUACUGCUGCUCAGCCGGUUCUUUUUAAGAGUGGAUGAUGUUCUGGUGAGGGUCUACGACACAAGGCUUUACGUGGAGUUUGACGAAAACAAAGUGAUCAGAGAAUCCAAGGAAUUCGAAGGUAAAUACCAGGAUGUACUUGCCAAGCACAGGCUAUCCCAAUCUCACGACCCAAAGGCCGCCUUGAGAGAUAGUAAUUGGGUAGCACAGAACACGCCAAUGAUCAAAAGACAGUGCGAAGUGAUUCAGUUCUAA